UCCUCUCUCUCAGCUCACAGAUAAUAGCAACAGCUCCUUUCCUCUCUCUCGAGGUGUCUCUCCCAAAACGCACGCCCACGCACAGCACAGUCGCAGAGCCAGGACCAGGAAACCACCACCACUAGCGCAGCGCCGUGAUGAGAGGAGGAGGAGCGGGGCCCACGGCGGCGUUCAUCUCCGGCGACCCGCCUCCAGCCGCCGCGGAGGAGGUGGAGGAGAACUCCGGUGGCGAGGGGGACGAGGAGGUGGUGGUGGUGGGGCAGGACGACGACGACCUGGAGCUGGGGCUCUGUCUCGGUUCCAAGAAGCAGCAGCCGUCGCCGGCGCCGUGCCGGAUCCUCACGGCCCGGGACCUUCAGCCGGGGUCCCUGUCGCCGGAUUCCUCCGUGUCCUCUUCCUCUCCCGCGGCAGGUGCAGGUGCCGCAGCGCCCAGCAAGAGGGCCAAGGCGGAUGCUGCCCCCAACGCCACCACCUCGCCGGGGACGGCCGUUCCUGGCCAUCCACAGAGCAGCUAUGGAGUAGUGGGAUGGCCACCCAUAAGAACUUUCAGGAUGAACAGCCUAUUUAACCAGGCCAAAGAAAAUGCCUCUGAGGCUGGCACCAAGAAGCCCACCGUUGAAUCUGACAUGCAGGAAGACAAGGAGGAGAGCAAGAAAGGACGGGUCGUCGGUUGGGUGAAGGUGAACAUGGAAGGAGAUAUCAUUGGAAGGAAGGUGGAUCUCAACGCCCAUCGAUCUUACAAGACCCUUGCCUCAGCACUUGAGCUCAUGUUCAUGAAGCCGUCCAUCAGUCUUUGCACUUCUAGUAGUUCUAAGUCUCUAAAGCUAUUGGACAACUCAUCGGAGUAUCAGCUCACCUAUGAGGACAGGGAUGGGGACUGGAUGCUAGUUGGAGAUGUACCCUGGGAGAUGUUUGUAGGUUCAGUGAAGAGGCUCAAGAUCAUGAGGACCUCAGAUGCCAACGGUCUCGGUCCGCGAUUCCAAGGGCCUCACAAACCUACAGCAGCUUGCACAAGAGGCAGGAUAUGAAAACCACCGAUGGGCGUUAAUUUGGUGCUAGAGAGCUAUACCGCUGGUGAAGCUUGAACUGUGUUUGAUACCACGUAACAGCAGCCCAUAUCUUUGGCAUAGUUGUGAGAUUACUUGUGUCUAGUGGAAAUAGUAGAAGUUUUUUUUCCUUCUUCUUCUUCUUCUUCUUCUUCUUCCCUUUGGUGCACUCGUUGAGCUUUUUCUCAUGGGCUAUGACUAGGAGCAUAGCCCCCAUCUCUUCUGUCCACACUGUUUUUACCUGUGAGGCAUUGUCGCCCAAAGUAUC